GUACGACUGUAAAUUGGUCGGGGUUAUUUCUCAACUUGUGUCGGUCGGAGCAAUGGUGAAAUGAGAAUAAAUGCACAGUUGCUUCGGUCCAAGGCCAAGGGGCCGCUCCAGGCGACCGAAUACUUGGACCUGUCGAACUUGGAAAUAGUUGCGAUAGAAAAGUUCAGCACCUGUCCUAAGUUACACAGCCUGAUAUUGCGAGGCAAUGACAUAUUUGAGGUCGCCAAUCUAGAACACUGUACACAGCUCUGGAGACUUGACCUGGGAAACAACUGUAUUAAAAGCUUAGAUGGAUUAUCCCGCUUUGUUGCCCUUGGAACUCUUAAUUUAGCUAAUAAUGCUUUAACGUGGCAUGAAUUGGGCAAAAUAAGGCACGUUCAUGUCCUAAAUCUUAGUCUCCAUGGCAACCCUCAACUGGAAAAAGACCCGUACUAUCGUAUCCAUGUCAUUGACUGCCUCCCGCACGUGUGGAUGUUGGACGGCAGACUUGUCACCUCUGCUGAGCGACUUCAGGUGAAACACUUCUUCCAGGACUCCGCCCUGACGGAGCACCCUAUUAGACACAAGCUGGCCAAGGAAUGGUUUGUACCAUCAAACCUGAAGAAGAUUGAGGUCAAUGGCGUCUUCGGUGAAAAGGCUACUCAUGUAAUGAGGAGGUUUCCCACCAACGGCGCUCAUAACAUAGAAACGGACCGACGACGGCUCAAAUAUGUGGCAUAUAACAUACAAGAGGAUCUAGUCAUAGACAAGAAAUACACAAAUCGGGAGUACCAGGUAUUGAAGUAUCGCCAGGCGUUCCUUGAGGACCUGCUGGAGAUCCGGCCGACAGACCUGGAGCGCUGUAAUAUGUUGUUACUACUUCUGGUGACGUCACUAGAAUUCGUGCUCCCGACACAUCUGGUAAAGGAGACGUUAGAUACGGCCAAGCUCAGUAAAUUAGGGAAAGUGUACACGAUGGAUCUGUUCCUUCUACCGAGGGACGUUCGCUGUCAUGUGGUCUGUGUUCUCUUGGCUGCCGUUAAGAUAGACAAGGAUGACAGAGAGGAUGGUGGUUUGUACGACAAACUGUACUUGUGCCUUUUCUACACGAUUUCUGAACUAAUGAAACUAAGCCAGUCAACCAGCACCAAGCAGACGGCCAUCAAGUCAAAGCUCAACACAUUAUACAGUGACUACAAGUGUCUGCUGGCCUCAGAAGUUAUACAACUACUGUGUAUAGUGCCUGCCUUCUUUGAAUACAUCUCCAAAGACAUUGGUGUGAUGAAUCUGAUCAUGACCGGGACAGGUGACACGUUAAUAGCUGAGAAGAUAGCCAGGGUGUCCUCGGUAGUGGAGGACAAAGGAGGUGAGCUGAAACGUCUGUAUGAGGACCAGGCGGAGCUGUUAUUACAGAAGGUCCAGGAGCAGUGUCUCAACCUGAGCAACAGAACUCAAAAAAUACCGUCCUCGGAUGAAGUGAUCAAUUCUAUGAAGGCCCUGCCCAUGAAGCGGCCUCUGUCUGCCCUUGAGCUGGCUGACUUCCAUUCCAAGGGUGUGACAAGUCCCCACAAGGAUGCCCCUCGGAUCAUGAGUGCCAGGAGACCUUCAGAUAGAGGCAGGAAGAGGUUUCCACGUCUUGGUGACAUCUUGCUACUGGGGCCACAGACACUGGGUAAAAUUGUGUCCCUCCCACAACCUUUUGUUGCCUUAGUUUCAAUGGAUUCAGUACCAGUUGCCAAUGGUGCCAUGGAGAGCAAGCUUAAGCACAGUGAUGACCACUACACAUACAUUAACAUGGAUCAUCUUGGUUGGGACCUCGAUCUGGGAGUAUGGAAACCCAAGGGGGCCAUCGGUGACAGCCUCCUAAAGGAAUUCCUUGCCAAUCAUAAGUUCCCUAACAGGUUAACCAUGCAUAAUGUGGAGGACCUGCAGAAGGACCUUGAACGCAAGGCCAACAUGGAUGACAAUACUAUCCGACCAAACUCUCCCAACUGGAACACCCCUACACCUGGACCUGGUCAGGAAGCUCCCCUAUUAUACUCACCUCGACACCCACCUACUACACCUGAGAAGGGUCCAAGACCAAAGGAAGUCCAGGAGACUCCCCGCCCUGUUUCCUCUCUGCUCAAAGAGAAAUUGGAUCUAAAGUUGGACCUUUCUCGGCGAGUACUGUCAACACGAGACACAGAUUUCCCCAGACAUGGAGGUGUUGAUCAACAGAGGGACGGAGAACCUGUAGCUAUGGACCAGACAGAGGAAGGACAGAGUGGGAGAGAUGGGGAGGGACAACCCAGGACACGGCGACCAGUCCACAUUGAUGUGACACUGGCCACUGGAGCCAUGCCUGUACAAGAGACUGCCCAACAGGUCCCACAGACCCCCGCUCAGGACCAAUCACAGGCUCCCUCACAAGCCCCUCCACAUGCCCCAGUGGUCUCAGAGACAGCAACCCCUUCACAGCCUUCCAGUAAUACCGCGCCCUCUGUGGUGACGGCAGUGGGCGGAGUGACGGGUAUCCCUGGAGUACAUGACUGUAUACAGUGUGCAAUGGAAGCUGCAGCUCUGGCAAAAGGGGAGAAGCGCCCUGUUGGCCACACCCAUCCAGUACAAGGCACAGGUGAGAACAAGGAAAAUCAUAUGACCAAUGGUCACCACAACGGUCACCACCAUGUCAUGGUCGAGCGACCACACACAAGUGCUGGUCACCACAUAGAACUCCAGUUGUCUAUCCCAGGGGACACCUCCCUGGACACGUCGCACUCCAGUGAUACAUCCCGCACCACCCCUACAGGGCACCGCUCCAACGCACGCCAUCACCCGUCUCCAAGGUUUGGACCAUUUGCAGGGAAAAAAGUGGCUACUGCGAGGGCGAGGCCUUUUAGUGCUGUGGAUGCCUAUAGGUACAUCGUGGCUCACCCCAUCAGACCGUCAGAGAAUGCCUACAACAGUUCAUACCAACAACAACGAACAGAGGCCUGGAAACAAUCAGUACAGGCUCGGGCACAGCAAAACAAAGAGGCAAACGAGGAGACAAUUCCACCCCCAGUUAUUACAGUCCAAAUGGCUGUAGUACAGCCAGACAAUGAAGAUACAGUAGGUAACUGGUCACCACCCCCAGCAAGACCGUCGUCACCAGCAAUGAAAAACAAGACUGUGUCACGCCCAGGAAGUGCAGUCCUCAACCUUUCCACUGGAAACCACUGGCUAGCAGGGGGUAGGGAUGUCUACUGGGAAAACGCUAAAAGACGACCAAUGUCCGGACAUGUUCCAGGGUGGAAGGAAGGGUUACCAGACAACAUGCAGCGUCCGCGAUCAGCUGUGGCCUCACGGACAUGGAGUAGAAGAUCUAAGACGCCGACUCCUGUCACCCCGUCCUCCCUGAUGUAUGAAAGUGUCAUGCAAGGUUACCAGAACCCCUGGUCACUCCCUGAGCUAACUGACCUAUCUGACUACCCCUCCCCCACCCACCAGUACUCCCAGCCCCGGGCCCUAGGCACACCCACGCACGGAACAGAUUUCUACAACCCACCAGCUCCCGACACUGUCUAUAGAACACCGCCCAGUAGUCCACGCAGCAGAAGUCCCAAAGUGAUCUAUUCCGGCAUGCACUGUAUCUUUGAAUCACCCGAGAAUGACAUUGAUGCAAGUACCGAUACGCAAAUUUAUACGUGAUCAGACGGUGACUUCGGAUGGUGUUUGAGGAGUUGUCUAGUGAUCAUAAUAAAUCAAUCCAAGACCAGAACUGAUUCUACAACCGACAUCACCAAUGUACAUUCUUUCACAUACCAUGACAUAAUUGUGUUUCAUUGUCUGUUAAUCAACUUGCUUUUAACCAGAUCUACAAACUUCCUGGCUUAAGAUUAAGUGAAAAAAUAUUUUUUAAAUCAGAAUUGAUAAUUGACUCCAGGUGAAUAAAAUGAGCAUUUCCACUUUGAUUUCAACAAAUUUUAUUGUUCAGAAAACAAAUGGAUUGGACAACAGGCAAGCCUAUAUUUCCACUCUCACACUUUUUGCUAAUGUUUUGACAUUUAAACUGUGGUUAGCCUUUUGAAGUAGUAAUUUAUGUCUGGGGAGUAAUUUCAUAUGUCAAGGCAGUGGCCUUUAAAACCACAGCAGUUAUUGAGUAAUAUCUGAACAGCUAAAGAUCUGAACAACACAAUUAUAUUUUAUCUUUACUCUCUGUGAUAAAUUGUUUACAAAAUUUUAUUAUAUCUUAAAUCAUGUAUGUACAAUGUAAUAAUUACUAGAUAUUUUCACUAGAUAAUUUUAGAUAUGCAGUUUAUGCUCCAAUGCCACAAGAGUUUACAGAGAUUAUAAAUCGUCUCUUGGCAUGAGCUGCCCCAGGAUUUAUGCUUUGAUUGAGCUUACAAGUGCUAAGAAAAUGGAAUGAUUUAUUUUUGUGAAUGACGUUUAACCUUUCAAGGUUAGUGUUACCGUAAGUUACCUAGUUUGCACUGUACAUGUGUCUGUUAGUGGGCAGUAGGUGGUGUGGCCACAGGUACACAUCCUUAGCAGGUAAAAUAGUCUACCGACACCAAGGUAUCUCUGUUAUUGAUUUAAUUGUUAUACCUUGAUGUUACACAUUAUUUGUGCAACAUCACAGAAUAUAAAAAAAAUCUCAAUGAUGUUGUAUUCAGCCUAAAUUGUUUUUUACAAUGACAUGUUUUAUAAUAAUUGGCCUGGAUUUUCUUACUUUUAUAUAACUGUCGCUGCAAUGUUGUAGAAAAUGCUACAGCCAACAUGUACAUGGUUUACACUGAUUUGUUAUUUACAUCUGUUCGGUAGGGAUGGUUUCAUUGCUUUAAAGAUGAUUAACAAUAUCCUGUGUGUGUGUGCUAGGAUGGUAGGGUACUAACAUUACUGUCUGUUUCUGUCUUAUAUUUCAUAGAUCUGUGAUUUUCUUUUUCUUGUUAAUUGUUAGUGCCAAUGUUUGUGUGUUGACCUUUUGGUAAAACAUUUCUUGUCUCCAAACAUAAGCCCAGUUAUUGUAGUUUUAUGAUAAAAAAUUACAAUGAUAAAAAUUACAAUGAUAUCAUUUCGCUUUCCUAUGUGUGAUUGUUUAGCUUCUUGGAGCAUUCAUAUCUUAGAAUUGUCCAUGCUUUCUUGUAUAAGAAAUCUAUUCCAAGGUGUUUUUGAUAAGAAAUAUACUGUAUGUAAUGUUCCAGUUGACCUUUGACCUGUUCAUUGUAUUUAUUCUUCAUUGUGACCUUAGUACCUGUUCAGUGUAUGCAGUGUUCCAGUUGCCCUUUGGACCUGUACAAUGUAUGCAGUAUUCCAAGUGACCUUUGGACCUGUUCAUGUAUUCAGUGUUUUAGGUGACCUUUGACCUGUUCACUGACUUAAAGUGAUAUUAUUUACAUUAUUGUUGUGUAGGUGAACAUUAUAAUUUUUA